UUUGGCCUGGCUUUGUUUUCACGUUUUUAUUUAUUUUUGUCAACUUUUCAGAUAAAUUCAAUGCUUCCAAAAAGCAAAUAUUCCAAAUUUUUCAAUUUAAUUCUUGAAGACAAAGUAAUUUUAGCUUCUUGCAAGUCUUGUGAAUACAAAAAGACUUUAAAAAAUGCGCAGGCAUCCAAAAGCAGUCUUCGCCACCAUUUAACUAAACACCCCGAAGAAAUGGCACAAUUACUGGAAUUUGAGGAAACUGAAAACAAAAAUAAAAUUUUGCGGACACCUAGAAGAGGCGUUAGAAAAUCGAUCAACAUAAAUUCUAGUGAAGGAAGUACUUCAAAAACGGGAAGAAAAAAAUUGAAAGAUGAGGAUGAUGAAGAGGAGGAAGAUGAGCCACAAACUAGUGAAAAUUGUGAGAGAGGUUUUUUUGAGGUUUUUGUGGGUAGGAAAAGCUUUAUAGGGUGGGAAAUGGAUCGUGAAAUCAGUGGAAACCUUUUGUGGAACUGGGGCCCCAGACCGGGAAGCAAUGGCGUAUUCAGAAGAGCUAGCGGGCUAGGAGGGGGGGGGGGGCACAUCGGCCAAAUUUAAAUGACCGUCAUUUAAAAAAAUUUUUAGCCCCCCCUUGUCCCGAAAUCGACCCCUUGGCUACGCCCUUAUUGAAAAGCACGACUGACUGUGUUUAUCUC